AUGACAUCAAUAUUACGACAAUGCAGCUCUCUUGCUAGAAUUUCUCAGACCACCAUCCAAUCUGCCGCACGAAAUUCCCUCCGUACAUCAUCGACAGCACCCUUAUUACGGUCGCGGAUAGCUGCACAAAGAGCGCGCACAUUCGUCACCAAGCCGCCAAAGCCAGACAAGGACACGGGGAAGGAUGAGUCGGAGGUAAAGUCGAAGAAUAAAAAAUCGUCAAAACCACCCACCAAGUCCGCUCCCGGGACGGAAAACCUCUACAAUGGAAAGACUCCUUUGUCUCCCUCGGAGAAUGAUGCGGAAGUACAGGAGCCACCGCUGGUGGAAGGAUAUGUGAAGUUGACGGAGGAGGAGAUGAAGCAGCUAGAGCAAGUAAUUGCUUCGAUGCAAUUUGGAAAAGGCCAAACUCAAGAAUUAAGGGAAUCUUUGAAGGAGAUAAAUAAGGCAGGAGUGCCAUCUGACUUAAGAGAUUUGCUGAAAGAAGUGAAGGGUAGACCGAUGACUUUGACGGAAGCUGCAAAAUUUACAAGACUGGUGUUGCAGAUGGCGUGGUCCGCUGCAAAGGUCCAAUCACAGGCACAACAGUCACAGGGAACAAAUUUCAAUUCAAACGAGCCAGGAUCUUCUACAAAUGGUAACAAAGGAGACCAGAAGCAGGGUGGCAAGAAAGGCAAUCAGCACGAAAGCUUCCACUUUGGCAACUCGUCGGAUAUCAAACUCGAUACUACAACCUUAUUGAUUGGAUCUUUCGCAACAUACUUCCUAUGGCAGACACUCUUUCCCGGCACCAACAAGAAGGACAUCACAUUCCAGGAAUUCCGAAAUAACUUCUUUGACAAAGGGUUGGUCAAGAGAUUGACUGUGGUUAACAAGUCGGAGGUCCGGGUUGAUCUUCACACUGAAGCCGCUGCUGCGAUGUAUCCAGACUCUCCUGCCGGUAACCCCAACUUUCAUUACUACUUCUCAAUAGGUUCUGCCGAAGGUUUUGAGCAAAGAAUGGAACAAGCACAAAACGAGCUAGGAAUACCUGUUGCUGAGAGGAUACCAAUUGGUUACGCCAGUGAUGGAGAUACAUGGGCUCUUAUCUACUCUUUCGGCCCCACACUUUUGUUCAUUGGUGCUAUUUUCUACAUGUCAAGGCGAGCUUCGGCAGGGGCUGGAGGCCAGAGUGGCAUUUUUGGAAUGGGAAAAAGUCGAGCAAAGCAAUUCAAUCACGAGACUGAUGUAAAGGUUAAGUUUAAGGAUGUUGCCGGUAUGGAUGAAGCAAAGCUAGAAAUUAUGGAGUUUGUCUCCUUCCUAAAGACACCUGAGCAAUUCCAACGUUUGGGUGCUAAAAUUCCUCGCGGCGCUAUUCUUUCUGGACCACCAGGUACUGGUAAAACUUUGUUGGCAAAGGCAACAGCUGGUGAAUCUCAAGUACCAUUCUUUAGUGUCAGUGGUUCCGAAUUCGUCGAGAUGUUUGUUGGUGUUGGAGCAUCGAGAGUUCGGGAUCUUUUCGCCAUGGCCAGAAAGAGCACUCCUUGUAUUAUCUUCAUUGAUGAAAUCGAUGCUAUUGGAAAGUCUCGUGGAAAAUCCGGUGGAUUUUCUGGAGGUGGAAACGAUGAACGGGAAGCUACACUCAAUCAAAUCUUGACUGAGAUGGACGGUUUCAACACGACUGAGCAAAUUGUUGUUCUUGCUGGUACCAAUAGACCCGACGUACUUGACAAGGCUCUAAUGAGACCUGGUCGUUUUGAUAGACACAUUUCUAUCGACAGGCCGACCAUGGAUGGUAGAAAGCAAAUCUUCAAGGUUCACUUGGGCAAGAUUGUUACCAACGAGAAUAUUGAGUACUUGACUGGACGAUUGUCAGCCUUGACUCCAGGUUUCUCUGGUGCUGAUAUUGCCAACUGUGUCAAUGAAGCUGCUUUGAUUGCUGCCCGAACACAAGCCAAAUCUGUAGCUAUGUUACACUUUGAACAAGCUAUUGAGCGUGUUAUUGGUGGUCUCGAGAAGAAAUCUCUCGUUUUGUCACCAGAAGAGAAGAAGACAGUUGCCUACCAUGAAGCAGGCCACGCAAUUUGCGGUUGGUACUUCAAGUGGGCUGAUCCACUUCUCAAAGUUUCCAUCAUUCCUCGUGGACAAGGUGCCCUCGGAUACGCACAAUAUCUUCCUGCUGGCGACACUUACCUCAUGAAUGUCAACCAACUUAUGGAUCGUAUGGCAAUGACUCUCGGUGGACGUGUAUCGGAAGAACUCCACUUCGAAACCGUCACCAGUGGUGCUAGUGACGAUUUCAACAAGGUUACUCGUAUGGCUACCGCUAUGGUAACUAAAUGGGGCAUGUCUAAAAAACUCGGCCCCCUCCAUUUCGAAACUGACAGAGAAAAUCAACUCAUGAAACCUUUCGCCGAAUCGACAGCCCAAACCAUUGAUUCAGAAGUUCGACGUAUAGUCGAUGAAGCAUAUGAGAAAUGUAGAAACCUACUGGUGGAGAAGAAGGACGAAGUGGGUAUCAUUGCAGAGGAACUUUUGGCGAAGGAGGUGCUCGGUAGAGAUGAUAUGGUGAGAUUACUGGGACCAAGACCAUUUGAUGAAAAUAAGGACUUCAUCAAGUAUUUCGGCGGAGGAUCGUUAGGAAAGAGUGCGCCGCCACCACCGGCGACGGAGAGUACGGAUUUGCCAACUGAGGACCCUACUCCUCUUGCUUAG